AUGUCAAGACCUAGAAAACAGCAGCAAAAAUAUCAUCUGGGCCGCAUUUCCAAAACUUCCUCUACUUCGCCUACAUCUAUUGAUGACAAUAGCACAUCUGAUGCUGAUGAUCAUAGCUCUUCGAACAGCGACAUUAUUCGUUGCGUAUGUGACGAUUCAAGCGAUGACGGCUUCAUGAUUCAAUGUGAAUUAUGUGACGAGUGGCAGCAUGGUCAUUGCGUGAAUAUAAGGAAAAGCAACGUCCCCAAACAUUAUUAUUGUUAUCGUUGUGCCAGAAAUUUCAACCAUCCUACUGGUAUGGCAAAACGUCGUAGAGCUGUAUUCAAUGGCGAUGCUGCGGGUGCAGAUAACAAAGGAAAGAAAAGAUUUGUCAAACGUGAUAAAGUCAAAAGUCUUGUUCUCAAAAAGAAACGAAACGACAGUGACAAUGACAGUAGUGAUAACAAUAGUAAAAGUGGCAGUGAUAUUGACGAAAAUGAAGCGGUUGCAAGCAAAUCCGGUAAACUUACAGCAACGAAACGCAAGAAAAAAUUUACUUUUCUACGUAAAAGUAUCUUCAAGGAAAAGCUAGUAGAAGACUUGUUGAUGGAAGUACAUCGACAAUGGAUGGAGCUGAACAAGUCAAUCAGGCACGGUGGACUGACCGGUGUUGGAAUCCCCACUUCUUCAACGAAGGGACUCAACUCCAUCGUUGUCAUGGAAAGCAAUUUGCUAACGCCAGCCAUUCCCAAAACGUCUGUGCGACCUUUACGCAAAGCAUUACGCGGUUCUUAUUUUCAGCAACAACAACGGGAGCAAAAAAUUCAUCAAAAUCCAGUUGCAAAGGGUAUAUUUGCAGACAUUCAUAUACCUGAGAAGCGCUAUCUAAUGGAAGUGACAGGAGAGUUGAUCAGAAAGUCUGAAUACAAGAAAGAUGUGGAUAAUCAUUACGCUUUGCUGGGUACACCUUUACCGCGCGUCUUUUUCUAUCAAGCUCUUGAUAUCUGUAUAAAUGCUCGGUUUGCCGGUAACGAUGCUCGCUAUAUCCGUCGUUCUUGUUGUCCCAAUGCAGAGAUCAAAAGCAUUAUUCUGCCCAAUGACAGUGAUGAUCAAACAAUUCAUAUGGGCAUUUAUACAAGCGAUGAAGUAAAUCGUGGAGAAGAAAUUACCAUCGGCUGGAACUGGCAUAAAGGCGUGUUAAUGUGGCAAAAGAAUAGGGAAUUCCUACGAAGGAAUUACAGAGUCAAUAUUGAAAAGUCAGAAAGGAAAGCCAUCAGGGAAAUUUUGGAUUUCAUUCAAGAUAAAUUCGGUGAAUGUGCUUGUGAAGACAAAGAUGAAUGCUUGAUCGAAUCCUUGAAGGAUCAACUUGAGGAUAUGGAUGACAGCAAGGACGGCGAAAUCGACGAAUUUAAACAAGAUAAAAUCUCGGAUAGUGAGGAGAAGCCACAGAAACUGACAGGAACUACUCAAUCUAUAGCCAACAAGCAACAACAACAACAACCUUCCCAGCGAUCUCUUAAAAGAUCAACUCCUCCUGUCAUUCGAAAACCGCCAAAAAAGCCAACUCACAUUCAUACAACAACCAAAAAAGAAACACGUGCCACUGAUAUAUUCUCUUCAAGCGAUGAGUCCAAUACGCCGACUUGGACAACGACUACAACAUUAGCUACAUUCAACACAGCAACUCUCACGAACGACACCAUGGAUACUGACAUCAAUCCAGGUAGUCCGCUUACCUCUUUUUCCAAUAUCGCUUCAGAGGUGGUUGUGAAGGAAGAUGCGGCAUUCAAAAGCGGCACAGACACUAUCGUCAACACUUCUAACACCAUGGCUCGUUUACCUUGUAAAAAACGUUGGCUACUCCAUUAUCUUGCCGAGAAAAAAAGAAUAAAGACAUCUACAACGCAGCAGCAACUUUCACCUGUUGUCCAUAAUGAUAUACCUCCUACAGACUCAUCAGAAUCGAUGAUUAUACCAGUAACUGAUAACACGAGCAAUAAUUUGUCUGAUGUAGGUGAACUCAGCGACGGCACCAGUUCUGAAUCUACGCUACCACUUGAAGACACCCCUACUUCACGUCAUCUAGAGUUUAAUACGAAACAAUCUCAUGGCAAUACCACAACAACUACGACGGCUACAGCCACACAAACAGCAUCCGCAAGCACUGUAAAUAAUACCACGACUAUUACUUCCAUAAUGGCUACGACAACGAAUAACACUUCAGCGCUCGAUGCUUCAGAAAUAAUUCAUCAAGAAGCUAUUACAGCGGAAAGGGUUUCUAUUGCUACAGACGACCAUGACCAUGUGCUUUCCAAUGGAAAUAGCAAUCGCAUCAAUAGUAUGGUUGAAACAAGGACAACAGAGUCAGAUUCAACUACUACUUCCACCCAACAGCCCGUCGUAGCGAAACAAGCACCCAAGAAGCUUACCUUACAAGAGUAUCUCAGCAUGCGUCAGGCAAAGUUUUCCCCUGCUUCGACAAAUGUGGAAGGAAAAUAA